CAGAUGUUACCAACCUCCAGCCUAUUCUACUGAGAAUGAGGCAGAAUAUGAAAUAAUGAUCUAGCAUAUCCAUCAGUUUGCUCAUGACAGUUUUUUGUGACGUUGCGUGCGGAUUUCGGCGCAUGCGUAUACUGUAAAGGGCGGAGCUAGCACGAGAGGCAAAAGUGAAAAGCUGUAAUGCCGCGGAAGACAGAGAAAAAGGCUCCCCAGGCAGAGCAGGAGCAAGAUGAGCUCCCAGCACAGAACGAGGCAGGCCCGACCCAGAGAGAGGCCAUAAUCCUCCACCCCGGCUCCAGCUACCUGUACGUGGGGUUCGCCUCUGACAGCGCUCCUCAGGCCAUCCCACACCUCAUCGCCUACCACCAGUCCGGCCCACGUGAUCCUCAGCAGACCAAUGACGCAGAAAACCCGAGUCUCGUACUAGAAUACAAGACAGAGAUAACUGAUGAGUUGAAGAGUCAGAGGGAGGAGGGGCUGGAGGCAGUUCGGAGAGCUCUGAAGGACUAUCGUCGCAGUCUCGACGUGGCAGGGAGAGACGUAGAUACGGCGGAGUACACGGAGUUCAACCAGCGGCAGGGGCCGGCCGAGAGAGAGAGCAGCGAACUCUCCCUCACUGACCUCUCUGGCAACCCCACCUUCGUCAUUGGAAGUGAGGUGCUCUACCUGCCCCCUGACAGUGGGUACCAGGUGUACAAGCCCAUCAGGAAUGGUCGUCUGCACAUCCCUCCCUCCCACUCUCUCUCCUCCGUUCUCAGCAUGCUGGAGGACCUCUGGACACACGCCAUUGAGGACUACCUCGACCUCCCUCGCAAGGAGUUCAAGAGCUGUCAGGUGGUUCUGUUAGUCCCAGAUGCCAUCGACAGACAGCUGCUGAAGGAGAUGAUGAAUGUCGUCUUUAGAAUGGAGUUUGCAGCUGCUAUCUUGCACCAGGAGAGUGUGUGUGCGACUUACAGUGCGGGGCUCAGCUCUGCCUGUGUGGUGGACGUGGGAGAUGAGGUGACACACAUCUGCUGCGUGGAGGACGGGAUGUCCAACCCCAACACCAGAGUUAUCCUGAACUACGGUGGAAGUGACAUAACAAGAUUGUUUUACUGGCUUGUCAAUCAGAGUGGAUUCCCCUACCGAGAGUGUAGGAGAGACAGUUGUCUGGACGGAGUGUUGCUCCAGCAACUGAAAGAGAGCAUCUGCCACAUGGAUGCCACCCAGCACGGCGUCCACGACUACCAGUUCUCUGUAAUGAGCAAGACCCCGGGGAAAAUUGCUGGACUACGACAUAAAGCUGUCGGACGAGGCCCUCUUGGCUCCCAUGGGCGUCUUCUUUCCUUCGUCCUUCUGUCUCCCUGACAACAGACACCUCAUGGCUGGUCAGCCACCACUGGCGGCAGAUUCUGAAGACCUGUACGAUGAGGCCCACUGGACAGAUCAGACACAGGGGACCCAGUCCGUGAAACCCUCGUCGGGGGGGCAGAUUUCAGGGGGUCCCCCGGAAGUGGUCCCCCAGGCCACACUGAGACUCCAGAACGUGCCACCAGGGAAGAUAUUGAGUCUGGACCAAGCAAUUCACUUCAGCAUCGACUGUGCCUGUGAGCACUUCACAAACACUACUCUGUAUUGGAUAGUAGUGGCCUUUUUUUGAGCUCACUCUGAAAAAAUCUCCAGCCAGACAUUACAAUCCUCACUUUCCAGUAGUGUUGCAAAAGAUUGUGCCAACUAUAGCUAGUUUCUCUCUACCACUCUUUCUUUCUACUUACAACUCUCGGUAGAUAGUUCCAUCAACAGAGAGUUAAUGAAAGGGGUUGUGGUAAUAACUACCCUCUCCCUCCAGCCACGCCGGACAUGAAGAAAAAGCUGUACGGCAGCGUACUGCUGGUCGGAGGAGGCCUAGCCGUCCCAGGAGCUGCUGCGGCUCUCACCUCCAGACUGGAGAUGAGGGUGCCUCAGGGCAGCGGGAGUACUGUGGAGGUCUUCACUAAUCCCAGGGACCUGGAGUCCUCCAUGGUGGGUUGGAGGGGCGGAGUCAUUCUCCACUGUCUGGACACGGCCCGGGAGCUGUGGAUCGAGAGACAAGAGUGGGAGUUUUACGGAGUGAGGCUCCUGCGAGAGAGAGCUCCCUUUCAGUGGUAGACUCCCCACUCCCCAGACUACCACUAUCAUGUGUGUAUACACAAUCUGUUUCAUUUUCAUUUCUCAGUUUA